AUGGUGGAUAGCUGCGAGGGUUCAGAUUUAUCUGUUGCAUCUCUUGUGAUUCCUCACUCUUUGACUUGGUUCAGAGCGUCACCAGCUGCAUGUUCACCAUGGUCUAACGAUGGGAAUUGUGACGUGGCUUUUAUAAGCUACGAGUUUUUGUGCAUUUAUAGAUUGUGUUGUGGUACGUCCGAAUCGGGUGAUGGGUACUAUUUUACUUUUCUCGACCACUUUAAGGCACAUGAGCAGAGCAUUCAUUCCGUUUCAUUUCCUGUACACUUCUCUAAUCUUCCUCCCGAGAAGUACUUUAUUACAUGCGGUAAUGACCGUUGCAUAAGAAUGUGGUCUGCCACUUCGAAUACGUAUACGUUAGACAAAGGAAUUCAACUAGGGCAAGACGCAAUCCCGAACACUUGUGCGGCUUGCAGUGUAUCAGGGCAUUUGUACAUUUUAUCUGCCAGUCUCACUGGUCAUGUUAUAGUUUGGGAGCCGAUGAGUCCUCAUUUAGCCCUGAAACCUAUGGUUAAAAAGUUCAAAAAAGACAUUGCCUCUAGCUGCAUCUGGAUGCUGCCUGCCAGUGAUACCACAAAACUCGUCGGUAUCAUCGGCUAUGAAAGUGGUGACAUAUGCGGUUACUCCUAUGAUCACAAUAACCCUGCAAAUAAGAGUCCUUUGGAUGCCCUUUUCCGCAAAUCCGCUCAUCGUUUUGAUAUCUGUAGUCUCACAGUAAUCAAUGACAUUGAAGGUGACUGCGGAUUUUUUGCCAGCGCUGGACGCGAUGCCGAUGUUAGGCUUUGGUCUGCUGCUGAUUACCAGUGCAAGUACUCGCAUCAUUUUCGGACAUACCAGAAGGGAAGUUCGAAUCCACAGGAACCAGUGACUUCACAGGGCAAGGCCUGGAUUCCUCUGGCCCCAACACGCAUUGCUUCUCAUGUUGCUCCACGAUUUCUAGCAUUUGAUCCCAAGGGUAAUUUGCACACCUUCAACUGCAUUGACAAACCACUGCUAUGCGAAUCCGCCUCACAACCGCGUCACAACGGACUUGUCUUUUCUCUCCUUGCCAUCCCCAACUCCCCAAACCUCUUCAUAUCCUUUGGCAUGGAUUCACAAAUAAUUGUCUGGAAGAAUAGCCACAAUGACUGGCAAACUCUGACCCCUGUAGCAAAUCACGUUUGCCUCUCAUCGAAAAUCAGCUCUUUAAGCCAAGGACCCGGAUUUUGCUGCCCUUUAGCCGUUGGCCUCUCCGAUGGUAACUUGCUGAUUCUCGGCAAUGUUCAGCCUCCUGCACCAAACUCGUUCAUAUCAAUGACUCGUCUGUCACCCCUCCCACCCUCGGGAGCUGCUGUUGGCAUAUCUGCUCUGGCAUGGCAUCCAGAUGCUCAAUUCGGGUUUCUCUUAGCUAUUGGGAGCAGCAAGGGCCACGUGGACAUUGUGGAUGUUAGAAAGCACCAAAGACGAGGAAGAAGUUUCAACCAGUUGGAGGGUUGUGUCUACCGCGUUGUUUGGGGUCCUUGUUUGUUCGUUUUGCCGAAAACAAAUAACGAAGAAAAUGAGAACACAGGUGGAGAGGAACGAUUACUGGUCUACGCAAUCGCAAAUGGGUCCGUCUUUCUGUUACUCUCCUCGAAGAAACCCCUCGUGGAUUUGGGGCCUAAAUUUAUUUCACUCCUGACCGACCCAUCCGACAAAAAAUUGGCUGACAUCGCUUUUCGACAGCUAGAGGGCGAAAAAGAUGUCAAAUUUUCCUGGCUGAUCGGUCUGGGUAGUGUGAACGGAGCUGUUAAUAUCCUCGGUCUUCCGCAAAACAAUGGAACGGUAGUGCCUCUUUCUCGUGUAGACAUUCAUAAAAAGUGCAUUAAUUCUAUGGUUUGGUCACACCAUAUUGGCAAGUACUUACUUGCGGUGGGAUCAUCAGAAUCCUACAUUACUAUUAUUGAUGCUACAGAGCAAGCAGUAGAUGAAGGUUCGUAUGCACAAUGUGCUCAAUUUACCAGUUGUUUCGCCGUUUUACAAGGACAUGGGACCCGCAUCUCAUCUCUCGAGUGGUCCCCGUGUGAUGCUGAUUUACUACUCUCAGGGUCUUAUGACUGUACAGCUACGGUUUGGCGAGUGGGAUUGGGCACUUCUACUGCGAUUGCUAACUACCGCAACCACCUAUCCCGUGUAUUUGUCUGCGCUUGGUCUUCUCACGACCCGGAUCUUGUUUUUACUGGUGAAGAAUAUGGAUACCUCGUGGGUUGGCGUCCCAGCGCUCAAGGAGCCACAGCUCCGCCCCCCUGCCGCAAGCAUCGAAAUCCUUGUGGCAAAAUUCCAACUCAUCCUCAGAUAAUUGUGCAGGAUGAGGUUGAAGAGGGUGCUCAACCAGAACCUGAUUUAACAGUUCCCGCGCUUCAGAAGAGACUUGAGCCCUUUGUGGGCAAAAAGCCUUCUCUUCUACCCGGUCUCUUUGCUACUUCAAGUGUCACCGACUGUUCCAUGCCAGUGCUGGAAAAUUCACCCCCAAUUAGGAUGCAAUCUCGCUUCUCCGUUGUACUUGAUUUCGUCUCCUUCAUAAAGGAUCCAUCGUUAAUUCCUGAAGAACGAAUUUUACCGGAGUUUGACUUGCUUUACGCUGGUGGGGCUUCAAGACGGCGACGUUUAGUUCGUUUUACCGAAACUGAGGCGCUAAAACACUUUUCGGCCUCUUCUAGCGGUCCUAACAGACAGUCUCGACUUGACGCCUACUUCAGCCUCCUUCUGUGGCUGGGCAGGGCUGACUUGGUGGCAAGGAAGUGUGUGGAGGUGCAGCACAUGCCUUUUUGGCUAAUGUGGGCCCUGGAGCUGAUGUUGAAGGGUUCUGCUUCACGCACAAACACUAGUUGCCUUGUGGAGAGCGAAGUGCCACAGGCUGAUAAUGCUCCUGACGAUUUUCUCAAGCACAAGAUCAUUCAGUUGAGCACCUCUAACGAGUACACCUGGGCCUCGACACUACUGGUGUGCGCGGGCCAAACCACAGAGGCGGUGCGCCUCCUCCUGCAGUGUGGUCGCGCCAAAGAGGCCCUCCUCCUCUUCCGACUGCGCCUCAACCCUGAGGCAAAUUUUGACCUCCAGUCGAGGUGUCUUGACCUCCUCGCCGAACGCCUAGCUCACACCGGACUCCCCAAUUCUGCACUCGCCUUCCUCGCCGCGGGACAGACGGAGCGGGCCGUCACAGUGGUGCGCAGUUCUGCUGCUGCCUCCGACCCUCCGCUCGACCACGUCGUUGCUCUCUGGACUGCUUCCGCCAUUCUCCCCGAUAACCUGUCUAUGGCCUUUAAGUUGGCCUACUACUGCAUCAUUUACGCAGCGAAUCUGAGCAUCGAGAAGGAACGUGGACGUUUUUUGGCUCAAUGGAGAGUCGCGCUGCCCGCUCAGGUUGAUGUAGACUAUCUGCUGAACUGUGCGAGCUUCCUACUUCUCAGUGAGUGGACUGAGGCUGUUGUCCUGCCGGGAACUGAGUUGGCUCAGAUAGUGGGUGAUCGACAACCGAGCCUGGAGGAGGCGGAGUGUGUAGCAAGUGUCGUGGUGGAUUUUGCCGCGGCGUGCUUGACCGAGGAUUCGAAGUCGCUGGAGAAAUCACAUCAGGUCUCGACCCUCAGUGUGCCUCGUGAAUCGCCUAACAUCAUAGCCAUGCCAAAACACCUUCCUUCCUACGUCAUGGCAGGCGAGUACGCGGUUCCGAAUGCACAGCUAGUGCGACGGCGCAUCGACUACCAGGAGACCGCCGAGUACCGUGUGGUCCGACCCACCGCCGGCUCCGUUAGUGCUGUUGACGGUCGUGGGGACGUCUCCGUUGGUCUACGCAAGCCUCUUACAGUCAGUACGGAGGAGUUUUCCAAAAGGACUGGUGAUGAGAAACUGUCCACUGGAACUCGGGUCUCGAUUGUCGAACCCACAGAUCGUGUGCUUCGAUCGCAAAAUCGGAGGAGUGUGAGCAUGUUACAAAGGAAUAUGAACUAUGGCAUCGAACAGGAGACGAAGACUCCAUCUACAUCAGUGCUGGAGGAGGAGGGAGAGGACAACUUUACGCCACUGGCCACUCACAGUCGCCAGGCCGCUGUCAGACGUCGUGUUACCGAAGUUGAGGAAGGGGAGCAUGCUUACCAUCGCAACGUCGAGGUCACGCCCCUCGAGGAAGACCACCCGCCACCUUCAUACAGUGGCGCUGUGAAUACAUUGACGAGCCGUCCAUGGCACCUAUCCAGUAUGCUGGGCUUGUCUGCAGAACCCUCCUAUCGCAGUCCAUCACUCCGCGCUGAAGAGGAACGACGUUGCCACUCCACUGCUGCUGACACCAGCUCCUCCUCCCACCUCACCUCGUGCCUUACCUCCCCUUUGAGGUGCAGACUAACCUCUUGCCUCCUUAAUCUUAUUGCGAUUCCGCUGGUGCUUCUACAUUACCUAUCAGUCGCCAUCACUGCCGCAGGAAAGACCGCAGCCUCCGCCCUUUCCAACCUCUACCACAGAACCACCAUCACCAGCGGCAGGGGUAGCGGUAGCAGCUCAACGAAGCACUCGCGAGUGUAUAGGAGGAACUCCUAUGAUGAGCCCGGUUUCUCUUAUGCCCAAAACGGCUCCAAAGGCGCUGGCUAUCGUGGUCAUCGCUCCCAGGACAUUACCUCUUUGUUGUGCUGUGGAAGAACUCCAAGUUAUUGCUGUCCCCUCUUCCUCCUCUUACUCCUUCUACUGGCUACUCUGGCCGGAUUUCUCUUCCGCCCGGCGGAGGUCAAUCCGGCGUUGGACGAGACUCCUUUCUUCUUCGGUCUGCUGCCUUCGGACGCGCAAUGCAUUCGCCUUGCAUUUGCUGACUCCCACGCCAAUGUUGAUGUAGGUCCGUUUCAUGCUCCGCACAAUCUCCGCUGGAACUGCCUCUCGUGGAGCAUAUGGGAACCCAGUGUUGCUGUUUUGAAACGUCAGUCCUCUGUUUGGUGGGAUUGGGUGAAAAGUCUAUUCACAUUAGACUCUUCUGUUCUUGCUCCUUCGCCGCCAGACCAUCCCUCCACUCAGGUGACAGAGUUGAAGCAAGCCAAUCAGGAUCGUUUAGACACCCACACCAAGGAAUAUGAUGUUAUCAGCACCGAUGUUAGCCGGCUACAAGCAGUCAUUGACUCACUGAAACAGCAGAUCACUCUCAUUGCCGAUAAGGUGACUGGAGAGGACGGUGAUGAUCAGCAUCGACAACGCAUCAUUGAUGACCUGGUCGAGCAGGCAACAUUCGUGUCGACGGCCUCAUUGGACGCUCGUUUACAGGAGCUGAGGAAACAACUGGAAGCGAUGAUUAAUAAAGGCGUCACCGAUUCGAUUACAUCAGUUGGUGAUCAGCAAUUCGAGCAGAUCGAGAGAUUUGAAAAGACCCUAGGGGAGUUGAGAGCACUUGUGAUGACACAAAAAUCUGAAAUGGAGACUAAGCUCAAAACCCUGAGGCAGGAGUUUGAGGCGUACAAGAAGGAGAAGGCCGCCUCGCUGGAGGCAUUGAACGCCAAAAUCGCCGGUGAUGUCGUCUCCGCUGCGGCAGAGUCACACAAAAACUUGGCCGCGCUAGAAGAGCGACUGGUUGCUGAUGUGGAGAAAAUCUCUAUCCGAGUUGGCUCCAUCGAGCGUCUUAAUAAGGAUUUAGAGCAGGCCCUUCAAAAGCUCAUCGCUGGCAAGGUUCUAGAAUCAGCCCCCUUACGGCAAACUGAGGCAUCACAAUCAGUCUCCAAGGAGCGACUGGAAGAAUUGAUUGAAGAAAUGAAAAAUACUUUCUCUGAAAAAAUCACUCUUGAUCUCAGACAGAAAAUUACGGAGGAGUUGGCUCGAACGACCGAAUCAGGUCCAAUGACACAGACGAAGUUGAUUAACCUCAUUAGGAGUACUGUUGACAAAAGACUGAAGGAGACUUUUGCAAACGCACCGCAAUCUACGACGGGGGACAUUCCAGCUGGGGUGUUGGCCCACAUAGACUCGAUUUUCGAGGUAUUUACCGCAGAUGGAACGGGUAAGGCGGAUUUUGCUCUUGAGUCGGCCGGCGGGACUGUGGUCUCCACGCGAUGCACUCGCACCUACACCAGCUUCAAGUCGGCCGUCUCCCUCUUUGGCAUCACUCUCGCCUACUGGUCACGAUCUCCCAACGAGAUCCUCCAGCCGAGCAACCACCCGGGCGAGUGUUGGUGCUUCCACGGCAGCGAGGGCCAGGCGAUAGUGCGAUUAGCGAUGCCGGUGCACGUGACUGGGGUCUCACUGGAGCACAUACCCAAGUCCCUGGCGCACACUGGGCGCAUCGACUCGGCCCCGCGGGAUUUCCUCAUCAAGGCCCUCGAGUCGGACUCCGCUCAGGAUGGUGACGUUCUCGGCUCCUUUACCUACAACGCGGAUGGCAAACCCAUUCAGUAUUUCCCUGUCAAGGCCCGCUCCGAUGGCAAGCCGACGGUAUUUGUUGAAUUGGCGAUCACCAGUAACCACGGUCAUCCGGAAUACACGUGCGUCUACCGCCUGCGUGUGCACGGACACAUAGCUACCGAGGCGGACGCGAAAUAG